AUGCUCCAGAGUACCCGCUUCGCUGCCAAACAUUUUUGCCGGCUAGGUACGGUGUUGGUCAAUCAAGCAGCCUUAACACAAUGGGGCCAUCACUCGACCUCGCUUGACAAGUCCCCUUCGUUUCACCCCCUUCGAAAUCUGCAAACAGACAGUGCCACCAAAGCUUCGGACGCCACAAUGCAAGGCCAAUCCCUGCCAGGCGAACUGCUGGUGCUGCUAGACUCAAUGCUCACCUUCGAUGCGGCGUUGCGGAUGGUCAAGAGUUCGCCUACGAUAUCACGUCGUCUCCUUGACGGCAACGCAGCCCGGGGCCUUGCUGUGGAGUUAGCGCGAACCGAACGCCCUCAACGAUCAUUACUCCUGAUACGACUGGCCCACAAGCUAGGAUCUCAACUGAAGCAGAACGUCUACGAAUGUACAGCUCACGAGUAUGCAUCAAAGGCUAAUUGGGCACAGGUCCUCGACGUGGUUUCCCUCGGUGUCGAGUUGUCUGGUCGAACCACCCUGCGUUUGCUGAAUUGGAGGACGAGGGCUCUCAUCGAGGAACAAAAUUUCUCCGGCUUGGAGGCAAUUCUAGGCGAGUUCGAAAAAUACAAAUUAUCUCCCAGUCGACGGACAUUCCAUCUCCUGUUAACUGGCCACAUCCGUAACCACAAUCUCCAUCAAGCCAAAGCCUGUCUCCAGUACAUGUCAGCCGCCGGCUGCCCCCCAGAUGCAUCGACAUAUUCGAUCUUGGUUACGGUAUUCCGACCUUUGGGAGCUGAUCCAGAGGUACUCGCACAGGCAAUACAAUCUCUCCCCGAUCUCCAAACGCAUGGGAAUACAACGACUGCGGUACUCAACAGCCUACUUCAAAUAUAUUUUGACGCGCGCCGACCGCCCGAAGUACUCCGUAUAUUGUCAAUGUUCAAAGGACACGAUACAGCUGCGUCCCUUGCUUCCACAUAUCGAGAUCACGCGGUGACCGGCGAGCUGUACGAGAGCGUAGAUACCCCGCCUUCGACAUAUCAGCUUCCAAAUCUACCCCCAGUAACACCCGAUGCCGCAACAUUCAGCAUUUUGCUUAAUGAUGCUGCUAGGCGACAUGAUAUCUCAUCUGCAUCAAAAUAUCUUCAAAUCAUGGCACACGCAAAUGUGAAACCCACUUCUGACACUGCGGUAUCAUUGAUUCACGUCUUAUUUGCAACCCAUAAUGAAGCCACCGCUCUGCAAUUAGUAUCACAGGUGUGUGGAGCCGGAGCCGGAGAACUCAGCUCUCUGCUACAGGACACACCGCCAACUCUCCAUCUUCCGAUAGCCAUCGACCACAUCUCACCAACUACACAAAUACUCAACGCUCUUCUCAAGGGGCUUCUAAAGUCUCCCAAUGGCUUUCGUUGGUGGCAUGCGGUACUGAGGCAGAUGCAUGUGCACGGUCUUCAACCUAAUUCAAUGACUGCCGAACUCCUCUUGGCAUACAUGGACAAGGUCGAGGGCGCUCGCCCGCGGGAGUUACUCCGUACACUUAGAUUUCUUUCUCAUUCCAAAGUGAAGCCAACUCUCCGGCACAUGCACAUAAUACUUCGCUCCAUCCUUCGCCGCGAGAAGCAAGUAGUCUACGGCAGUGGAUGGAAUGCUCUGGCGGCUAGAUUCUCCUCCAGCCGACGGGACGAAGCUUCUCCUCAUCUAGACCGUAUUUCCGAUGUCGCAGACAUGUUAGACCCGACCGCUGGUAUUAGCUUAACAGCUCGCCAUCGAUACCGUACCCUUGCAAGACCGUUGAUUGAAAAUCUCACUGAGCGCAAAGUGAGAAGCGACCCAGCCAUGUUCGCCAUGCGCAUCAAACACGAUGGAGUAAUGCGAUCCGACUUAGAUUCUGCGAGGGAAGUCUUCCAUGCCUACGUUGCACGAGGAUUGCGUCCAUCGGCGUAUCAUUUUGCUUCGUUGAUGGAAGGACAUACGCUCGCCGGUGACAUAUUGGGCGCGGAAGAUGUCAUGCAAGCGGCGGUUGAUGCUGGGAUAGAGCCUAGCGUCGUCAUGUAUACGACGCUUAUCGUUGGCCACGCGCGGAAGGGCAAACCACAUCUAGCUCUGCGGACCUUCCAGCGAAUGCUGGACGCGGGCGUCAAACCUGACGUUCCUGCUAUCGACGCAGUCGCAAGUGCAUUUUUCGCGGCAGGAGCUUAUAGGAUGGCCGCAAGAGUCAUUAUCAGUCUAUGGCCCCGCGUUGGCCGUUUCCCUCCUGAACUGGCUGACGCCUCCCUUCGUGAUCUGGCCCGCGAAUUUCGCAAACUUCAUGGCCCGAAUGUACGUAGAACGAGCCCAAUGACAAAGCCUCAGAGUCGGACGUUACGUCGCAAAACUGCGAGGCUUCUUUCUUUGUGGGCAAAGGUCAGUAACAAUCCCAGUCUUACACGUCCAACUUCGUAG